GCUUAUAUUUUCUUGUCGCCACUUCAUCUUAUCGUCUUUGUUUUCGGAUAUUGCAUACCCAUGGCGUCGUUAGUGCCCAAGUACGUUUUUGGGUUGCAGGGGUCUGUGAGGGACAACAUCCACUUCAUCGACGAGACGAGUGUCGUGUAUCCAGCGGGUCAUAACACCGUCCUCUACCACAUCGAGCAGCGGACGCAGAAGUUCAUUCCAGGCACGGCGGACACGGACGGGAUUUCAGCCAUAGCCCUGAGUCCUAACAGGAAGGUAGUGGCUGUGGCAGAGCGUGCCUCAUCGCCCAUCGGUUCCCCUUCCUCCGCGGCGGUCGCUUUUGCUGGGGGUGCGGUUUCCAGCGGCGGUGAGUUGGGUGGGGGCCCAGGUACUGCAUCGCGUGCUUCCAUGCUGUCUGAUAUGAGCAAGGUGUCCGGGAUGGGUGUCGCCUCUGAGACCAGAGUUCCAAGCAUCACUAUCUAUGACAUCAACACCCUCAAGAGGAGGAAAGUUCUCUCCGGUCCCGACGUGGGAUCUAACGAGUACGUUAGUUUGUGUUUCAGUCCCGACGGUCGCGCCAUCGCGGCUCAGGCUGGGGCUCCCGACUGGAACCUGGUCCUUUGGAUCUGGGAGAAGAGCAAGCUCUCCUGCUCCGCCCGGACUACCAAUCAGCUGGGUGGGACAGUGUUCCAAGUGCAGUUCAAUCCUAGCGACUCUUCGAUGAUUAGCGUGGUUGGCAGUGGGUUCGUGAAGAUGUUCAAGGCCACAGACUUCUCCUUGAAGCAGGUCCCUAAUAGCCUGAUAAAGAGGGACCCGCAGACGUAUCCCUGCCAUGCGUGGCUGGUGGAUGGGGGAGAGAGGGGGGAGAAAGAGAGGUGUAUUGUGGCCACGGACACGGGGGAGAUGUUGCUGGUGGAAGGGGGAGAAACCCGGGCCGUCAUAGGGUCUGUUGCGGGAGAAGAGGCUGGGAUAGUGGAGGCCAUCGUCAGGUACUCCAGAGGGUUCAUUUGUGGCAGAGAGAGUGGGAUGAUAGAGAUGUACGAGAAGGUGGACACGGAUAGGGAGAAAGAGGGGCCCUACAAGAGGGUUCGAUCCUUCAGCAUCGAGAACAACAGCGUCAAGGUGUGCAGCCUUGCCAUCUCCCCCAGCGAGGAGACUAUUGUCUGCACCUUGGAAAACAACCAGCUUUUUGUGUUAUCUCUGGCCACCAGCGACAUCACCAAAGCCGACGGCACCACCAUGGAGCUGCUUGCUCAGGCCUUUCACUCUGACGCUAUCACCGGCUUAGACGUUUGCAUUCGAAAGCCAUUGGUGGUGACCUGCAGCACCGACAAGAGCGUUCGCAUCUGGAACUAUCUUGAUAAGACUUGUGAGCUCCUGAGGUUCUUCAACGAAGAGGCCCACUCCGUGGCCAUGCAUCCUAGUGGCUUCCAUCUUGUGGUGGGCUUCUCAGACAAACUGAGGCUCAUCAAUAUCCUGAUGGAGGACUUGAGGGUGUACAAAGAGUUUGGAAUCAAGGCCUGCAAGGAGUGUGUGUUCAGUCAUGGAGGGCAGUACUUUGCAGCGGCGCACAGCAACACUAUCCAGAUCUUUAACACCUACACUUGUGAGAAUGUAGGCAACCUUAGGGGCCAUAACGGGAAGGUCCGGAGCGUGUUCUGGACGGUCGACGACACUGGUCUAGUCACUGCGGGCAUGGAUGGAGCUGUGUAUGAAUGGACACUAAAAGAGUGCAAGAGGGAGACGGAGAACGUCAUCAAGGGUUGCGGCUACUCCUGCGUGCAUGGGUCUUACGACUCCAACUCCGUCUUCGCCGUUGGAAGUGACAAGAAGCUGAAGGAGAUUGACGACUCGCAGGUGGUGAAGCAGUACAAUGCUACGGUGGUUCUAACCCAGAUCGCCCUCCCCUCUUAUGGUCGGCUGCUGUUUGCCGGUACCGAGGUCGGAACCGUCAGGGCUUAUCGAUACCCCUUGACGGGGGAGUUCCAAGAGGUGCAGUCUUGUUGCAGUGCGGUGUCCCGCAUACGGCUCAGUUACGACGACAAUUUGCUCUUUGUGGCGGGAGAGGACGGGUGUCUGUUCAUGUUCGACGUCCGUGACAAGGAGAAGGGAAUCGUUUCGAGCAUUGCGAAGAGGGAGAAGGAGGCCAUCACCUAUGCUGAGGAGGUGCUUGUGACAAAGUCGGACCUAGAGGAGAAAAAGGUGCGAACUACGGAGCUGGAACAGCAGGUCAACGAAUUGACCAUGCAGAAUGAGUAUCAGCUGCGGCUCAAAGAUCUGAACCUCAAUGAAAGGAUAAAGGACAUAACGGAUAAGUUCACCCACGAGCUAGACCAGGCGAAGUCAAGAUACGAGACUUUGCUGCAGACGAAGACCGAGCAGGAGAUGGAAUAUGAGGAGAAGAUAAAGCAAGAGAGGGAGAAGUAUGCCCAGCAAAUGGCCAGCAUGGAAGGCUCAUACCAGCAGAAGAUCAUGGCGGAGGUGGAGAGAUAUCAAGCCCUCAUGCAGGAGAAGGAGCAGCUCAAUCAGAAAUGGGACGAACAGAAUGCGUUGCUGGUGGAGACCCAUGAGCAGGUAAUCCAGGAGCUGACAGAGGAGUACGAGUCGAAGCUGGGGGAGGAGCAUACCGCCCUGGAGAAGGUGGAGCAAGAUAAGGAAGAUGCGGUACGAGAGCAUGAGGAGACGACCAGGCAGCUGGAGGAGGACGCCGAUCAGGAGAUAGAAGAGUUGAAGGAAAGAUACGAGGCCAAGCUUGCCCAAGAGAGAGAAGUGGGCCUUCGCCUGAAGGGUGAGAACGGCAUCAUGAAGAAGAAGUUCAACGCUUUGCAGAAGGACAUCGAAGACCAGAAAGAGGAGAUUAAGCAGCUGUUUGAGCAGAAGAAGGAACUCUAUCAGACCAUCGCGAGCUUGGAAAAGGACAUCAGUGGCCUCAAGAAGGAGAUCAAGGAGAGAGACGAGACCAUAGGCGACAAGGAGAAGCGGAUCCACGACCUCAAGAAGAAGAACCAGGAGCUAGAGAAGUUCAAGUUUGUCCUCGAUUACAAGAUCAAAGAGCUGAAGAAGCAGAUAGAACCUAGGGAGCAAGAGAUCGCGGAGAUGAAGGAGCAGAUCAAGGACAUGGACAAGGAGUUGGAGAGAUACCACAAGGCUAACGCCAACCUGGAACUGACCAUAACUGAGCUGAAGCUCAAGCUAGACGGACAACAGCGAGAGGUCGCGAGGAUCAAACGUGCGCAUGCGGACGCGGCGAGCCAGAUCGUGACUUUCGAGCACGAUCUCUACGAGACCGCACAGCUGAUCCAAGACCCUAGAGCACUCAAAGAAGCCGUCAAGACCAUGUACCACAAGUACGUCAGCCGCGCUCCCAAACACAAAGUAAUCGACGACGACAUCCUGCAGGAGUACAACAGACAGAGAGAGUACUUGGAGCGAACCGUUGAUGGAUUGAAGCGCAAACUGGACAAGGAUAUGGAUGUGCAUAGAACGCUCAACACCCGGAUAAUUCAGGAGAAUGUAUCUCUCAUCAAGGAGAUCAAUCAACUGAGGAGAGAGAUGAAGCAACUGAAGCAGUCAGCCCAGAGGGCAAAGGACCUCCAGGAGUUUGGGGGCCCUGUAACAUCUCCCAAGGGCCGGUCCCGAGUUUCUGCACCCUCCAGGCAUAGGGAGCCACUCUCUCCUUCAGAGGCAAUCAUAGGCAUGGCAUCACAGUUGCAAUCCAAAGCAGACAAUGCAGCCCCCCUCUCUCCAUCCUCCAUGACGUCUUCCUCACGGAUUCACCUCGAAGAGGCGAUGGAUACCCAACUUGCGGCCAUGCAGGCGGCAAUCAGCGAAGCUGAGUUGGCCAUUAAGGAGUCGGACGGCCAGAAACUGGAAAUCCAGACCUUGAAAGCUGAGCUGGCAAAGAAGGAGCAAUUGAUUGCUGAGAUGAGAGGUGCCAAAGACGAUAGAAUCAACGAAACCGUUCUUCGCCGUCCCAAGUCGAGGGAAAUGCUCCCACUCAUGGACGGGUUCCCAUCGGUUAGUGGAAGGCCCCAAGGAUCACCUCCAACGAUCCUCUCCCCCACAGCCGAGGCGGAUGUUCCCCCAGACGAUCAGAAUGCUACAGUCGCUACUCAGGAUGCUGGUAGUGUAGAAAGGCCCGAAGGAUCACCUUCAAUGAUCCUCUCCCCCACAGCUGACGCGGAUGUACCCCCAGACGAUCAGAAUGCUACCUUGACUCCGGAUACUGGUAAUGUACAAGAAAGUCAGGCUGCCGCCUUGCCUGAAACUCAGUUGGCGUCUGGUGCAGUAGAACCGGGUAAAGAAGUUACUUCAGCUGGGAGAACCAUCGCCGCCAUCGCUGACACGACUGGAAUAGAGAUGGAAAAGCAAGCAAGCGUGGAAUGAGAGCUGCAGCACAUACCCACCUAACUGACAACCAAUCUAUGUUGACCUUGGGAAGCUGCCCUCCCUUCCAGAAGGAGGACCAACGUUUUAGCUUUAAACCGCUAGUACACGGCCUCAGCCUUGCAGAAUUUUUUUGUGGCCACAAGCAAAACUCGGAGGCGUUGCGCGGCCAGGCCCGCCAAAAAAAAAAACCGGCGGCCUCAGAAGUGGUGCGGGUUUCAUGCUGACACCCGUAGGCCGAUAUGUGGUGUACUGGUGCUUUAAAAAAAACUGGCCAAAAUGAAAGAGGCCAUAGCCCAGGCCGGCCUGGCCACAGCAACAAAAGAGGUUGCUGUCU